AUGAGGAAGAAAACUGUAGCUCACAAGCCUCCUCGUAAAAAGGUCUACAAGCUUCCUACAAAACCCUCAACUCGCUUCCAAGACAGAACAUUCACUCCAUUUCCCUCUCCUCCUACCUCACCUCCUCAGAGUGAUCCAAUGUCUCACACUAAAAAUAUCUCUAGGGUUCCAUCUUCAGCCAAGCCAACGCCUCCUCAGAGGGAACCACCAUCCAAACUUGGGUCGUCGAAGCCUAGCGUGUCGAAAGGGAAGCGACCAGCAGCACCCGAACCAGCCUCUGAGCGCACACAACCAAAGUCUAGGUCUGUUCCAUUACGUUCUCAGUGA